AAAAGAAGUGGAAAGUGGAAAUAAAACGUUGCUUUCUUGUGGAUAAAACAGCUGAAAGUGACUCACGAAAAUGGCAAACAUCUCGAUGCAAGAAAUCGAGGCUGUGGACGAUUACUGGGGGCCAACGUUUCGCACCAUUCUGGAGGGUAACUCGCACGAUCAAGUGUCCGAGCAGCUGGAUUCACGUAUCCGCUCGCACGAUAAAGACAUCGAGCGGAUUUGCAAUCUGUACUAUCAGGGUUUCAUCGAUUCCAUCCGUGAGUUGCUGUUGGUUAAAUCGCAAGCGCAAGGCCUAAACCAGGAAGUGCUCGCCCUGAACGAUGGCCUAGCGAAAGCAUCCUCGGGAGUGAUCGCGAAAGGCAACGAACUGGUAAAGGCAAGAAAGGUCGAGGGAAACAUUGCCGGAGCAAUCGAGGGCUUGUCCAGCUGCCUGCCGGUGCUCGAGUGUUACAGUAAACUUUUGCGACAGGUGCGCGAGAAACGCUACUAUCCGGCACUGAAAACGCUCGAGGUGCUCGAGAGCGAGUAUCUGCCGAAGGUGGCCGGCUAUCGGUUCUCGCAGCAGAUGCGUGACACGAUACCGAGGCUGAAGGAAAACAUAAAAAAAUCAUCGGAGGAAGAUUUCCGUGAGUUUCUGGAGAACAUCCGCAAGUUUUCGCCCAAAAUCGGUGAGAUCGCGAUGAAGCACACAAAGGAGUUGCAGAAGCGUGACCUGGAAACAAUCAUCGCCGAGUACAAGCAGCUGGCGGAGAAGGGUGCCUCCGGAGGUUCCGAAUUUGGCGAUGACGAUGAAGAUGUAAACGCACAGGAUCUAAUUGACUUUUCCCCCAUUUACCGGUGCCUCCACAUCUACACGGUACUGAACGAUAAGGAGUACUUCGAAAAGGACUACCGGCAGCAGAGGCGCGAUCAGGCCAAGCUUGUCCUGCAAGCUCCACAAACCAUGCACGACAACCUGGAGGCAUACAAAACGUACAUCUCGUCGAUCGUGGGUUUCUUCGUGGUGGAAGAUCACGUUAUGAAUACCGGUGGCGAUAUCGUGACGCAAACGUAUCUCGAUGAUCUGUGGUCGUCGUCACUUUCGCGCGCCGUCAACGUCCUCAGUAUGUCCUCGUCAUCCUGCACCGAUCCGAAUGUGCUGUUGCGUAUCAAGAAUUUGAUUAUGCUGAGCAUAACGACGUUGAAAAACUACGGCUAUACCGUGUCGCAGUUGUGGGAUCUUCUGCUUGAGAUGCGCGAUCACUAUAACGAGGUGCUGCUGCAGCGUUGGGUUAACGAGUUUCGCGACAUUCUGGACAAGAGUGACUUUCUUCCGCUGGAGGCGCACAAUCAGGAGGAGUACGAUGCGGUCCUGGAAAGAUUCCCCUUUCACUCGGAACAGCUCGAAGCGCAACCGUUCCCGAAGAAGUUCCCCUUCUCCCGGAUGGUACCGGAAGUGUACCACCAGGCGAUGGAGUUUAUGUACGCCUGCAUGAAAUUCUCCGAGGAACUUACGCUUUCACCGAAUGAAAUUGCCGCCAUGGUACGGAAGGCCGCCAAUCUGCUACUAACGCGCAGCUUCAGUGGUUGCCUUUCGGCGGUGUUCCGCUCCCCCAGCCUGGCACUGAUGCAGGUCAUCCAAAUCAUCAUCGACACGCAGUAUCUGGAAAAAGCGGGCCCUUUUCUCGAUUCGUUCGUGUGCAAAAUGACCGGAACGGUGCAGAACGUCACGCAGACACCCUCGGCAAUGUUUCACGUCGCGCGCUCCGAGGCCGAGCAGCAGGUGUCCACCAAACUGUGCUGCAAGCUGGACGAGUUCUUCGAGGAGCUCGAAAACUACGACUGGGUGCUACCGGAAUCGUACGGCCAUGCGUCACCCUUCGUCACCGAUAUGGUCGCCUUCCUCCAGAGUACAUUCCAGAGCUUCUCCUACAUACUGCCCGGAGUGGCGCAGGCGGCGUGCAAAAAGGCGUGCGAGCACAUCGCGACCACCAUCUCCAAGCUGAUUCUCUCCGAGGACAUACGGCAGAUUUCGGGCGGUGCUCUCGACCAGAUCAAUCUCGAUCUGAUGCAGUUCGAACUGUUCGCUUCGUCCGAUCCGGUGCCGGGGUUGCGCGACGGUGACCUAUCGAAGUACUUUGCCGAGAUACGGCAGCUGCUAGAUCUGCUGAUCUCGGAAGAUUGGAGUGCAUACCUGCACGACUUUGGAAAGGACGAAAAUCGCUACUCGCUGGUGCACCCUUCCACAAUUAUAGUGGUGCUGGAGAAGCUUCGGGAAGCGGAUAAGAAGUCAAUGCUGUCGUUGAUGAAAUCGAAAUCGGAACGGGAUAAAAAGAAGCUGCUGGAAACGGUUUUGCGUCAGCUAAAGCAACUGGCGGAGCGGCAAGUAUGAGGAUCGUUCGGAGAAAAGCUUGAACAAAGAAUAAUUUAACCUGUAGUGUACGAUUCAAUGCUAAUGUUACAUUAAUUUUGUAGAAUUAUUUAUGACGUGAACGUAAUAUAAAUUACAACAAUAAAAACAAGUAACCAGCCCUCUGAGUAACCGUUAGAACCAAGCGUUUUGUUCAUUUCCGAAAAAUAUAGUUCUUAGUCAAACUGGUC